AUGACUGCUUUGCUUAAAGACCUGGCCCUUUGUGGUCUUGCUAUUUGCACUAUCUUUAUAAUUGUUAAAGCAAAUACUAGCGUCGAGCCAAUCUACCAGGGAGAAAGCGUCAUUCCAUUACGUACCCACUCUCUUUAUAUGCCGUAUAUUGACCAAGAUCUUCAAAAUCGUUGGUUCGACUUUGGUGCCGACACACCUUUGGCAGCUACGAACUGGCAGGUUGAAUUUGAGUUCAAAAUUGAUGGGAAUAAUCCUAACUUGUAUGGUGAUGGGAUGGCUGUAUGGUUUACCACAGACCGUGCAAAGCCCGGCCCCGUAUUUGGAUUCAUUGACAAAUUCGAAGGAUUAGGCAUAUUCUUUGACACUUAUGCUAACUCUAGACAGUCACAUUCAUUUCCCUAUGUAAUGGCAAUGUUGGGUGACGGUCAUACAGAAUAUGAUAAUGCAAAUGAUGGUAAAUCUAAUGAACUUGCCGGAUGUGAGGUCAAAUUACAAUAUAAGGAAUGGGACCAGUGGGAGCCAUGCUUUACUAUUAAUAAUAUAACAAUCCCUACUGUUUCCUAUCUUGGUUUCAGCGCAUUGACUGGUGAUGUUAGUGAUAGCCACGAUAUUAUUAGUAUUACAACAAAUAACAUGAUUUCUGUACCUCCGCGAGUUCAGAAGCCAAUUACGCGACAAGAAUCUACGUCUUCAAGCUGGUUUGGAUUGUUGUUCAUUCUUAAGCUCAUUGCUACUGCUGCUUUUCUUGGUGUUUUAGUGUUGAAACGUUUAAUGAAAAUGUAA